UUUCUUAAACUUCCCACAGGAUCAAUAAAGUUUGCGCUGAUAACCUAGCCUAAGAGGGGAGGUAGCUCGGCCCUAUCUCUGGCAGCGGCAUCCGAGACCCUGACCCAGCGCUGGCAUUCUAGAAAGUCGUGUCCCCUUCCACCUUUCCCCUUCCAUCGCAAAGGCAAAAGGGCACCCUCGCCUUUAUUGAGGGGAGCCUCUUGCUGGGCUCAGGCGGAGGCAGUGCUGAGAGGAGGCCGCUCUCCGUUGCGCCCGCCUCCUUCUCGACAUGGGUCCUCCCGCUUUCCCUGGCGGGCGGGGGAAAAGCAAGGCCGGGUGGCUGGGAGGAGGUGGCGGCGUGGUGUGGAGCGAGCGAGGCAGCGGCGGCAGCGGGUGGCUGAGUGAGGAGGAGCAGCAGCAGCAAUAGCGCAAAGAUGGCGGCGGGGUUGUCCCUGAGGCUGCUGCGUGGGGGGGUCGCGCUGAGGACGAGCGGCAGCAGUGCCACAUUCAACAGUCAUUUCCUGAAGCAUGAGAACCAUCCCAUGAAGAAGAUGUUGGUACUCUGGAGGCAGCCAUUUUCCCCCUUCUUCCAUGCUGGUCAGCGGCAACUCCACACUGCACCAAUAAGGGGAGUAUUGCGGUUGCGCCCACUGCAUUUUUUAGUGGCCACGGGAGGAGGUUAUGCAGGAUAUAGGCAAUAUGAGAAGUAUAAGGAGCAGCAGCUACAAACAUUGGGCCAAGAGGCACCACCCAAAAUUGCAAGUGAUUGGGAGGUUUCCCUAUACAAAUCUGUGCCAACACGACUACUUUCACGAGCCUGGGGACGCUUGAAUAGUGUAGAGCUGCCCACCUGGCUCCGAAAACCUGUCCUCAGCCUCUAUAUUUGGACAUUUGGAGUCAACAUGAAGGAGGCAGCGGUGGAAGAUCUUCAUCACUACAGAAACCUUAGUGAGUUCUUCCGACGGAAGCUGAAGCCACAGGCACGGCCUAUUUGUGGUGUCCACAGUGUGAUCAGUCCAUCUGAUGGCAAGAUCCUCAGUUUUGGACAAGUGAAGAACUGUGAAGUUGAGCAAGUGAAAGGCAUCACCUAUUCCCUGGAGUCCUUUCUGGGCCCCCGUGCCAAUACCGAGGAUACUAAGGUCAAGCCAGCCUCCUGCCCCAACUCUUUCCAAAAGCAGCUGGUAACAAAAGACAGCAAUGAACUUUAUCACUGUGUGAUUUACCUGGCACCUGGAGAUUACCACUGUUUCCACUCACCCACUGACUGGAAAGUGUCUCAUCGGCGUCACUUCCCAGGUUCCCUGAUGUCUGUGAAUCCUGGGGUUGCUCGCUGGAUCAAGGAACUCUUCUGUCAUAAUGAACGAGUUGUCCUCAGUGGCUGCUGGAAACACGGCUUUUUUUCUCUGACCGCAGUUGGAGCGCAAAACGUGGGGUCUAUCCGUAUCUAUUUUGAUCAAGACCUGCGUACAAACAGCCCCCGAUACAGUAAAGGCUCAUAUAAUGACUUCAACUUUGUAACCAACAACAAUGAAGAGGGCAUCCCCAUGAGAAAGGGAGAACAUUUAGGGGAGUUUAACCUGGGCUCCACCAUUGUUCUGAUCUUCGAGGCACCGAAGGACUUUAAUUUCUACCUGAAACCUGGCCAGAAAAUCCGCUUCGGAGAGGCCCUGGGAUCUCUUUAGAGCCUCCACUGCCAAGGGGGAUUUUAUAUGCAAUAGGGACUCAAUUUGUAAAAGGAAAAGUUUCUCUAAGGAGGGAGUAUUGCUCAGCAGGACCUGAGUGAGGACACUUGUUCUUAAACUGGGAGUGCAAGUGCACACCCACUAUGAGAGCUGCAUACAUAUCAGGGAUCGUGGCCUUUAAGAAUGUUGACCAGGGUGGCUUUUCUUCUUCCCUGUGCCUGCAGUAACAGUCAUUUCUCCCUUUAAACUCCUUUAUGCAGCCCACUUUUGCACAGAACCUCGAGGGCUGUGUUGAGCCAGUGUAAAUUCUGCAGUCAGAGGGAGGAGGGGAAGCUGAGAGUCCUCCUUUAAAGGGACACUAGCAGAUUGGCCUAUGCGCCAUAUAGUUUUAUUUGGCAAACUUGUUUUCCAAAUUCUCUUCAUACAAGCCUGCUGCACUGUUAUCUGAAUUGAAAAAUGGGUUGUCCAGUGCCAGCACAAGGAGGGAAUUAUGAAACAUUCAAGCUCAAUAAGACUUAUCACCUUUAAAAAAAAGUUAAAUCUGUUACUCUCCCUUUAAAGCAGAAGUUUGCACUGUAUUUUAAACCUCAAACACUGUGUCCACAUUCCACAUUUGACUUGAUUGUGUUUGCUUUUAGGAAGCCUAUUUUACUUAUAGCUGUAGCUCACCCUAAACCUUUUAUUUUGGCUUACUAUUCUGGGCCUUAAAAGUUUUUUUUUUGUUCUGUAUGGGAGAUACCUAGUCUCCUUUAAGCUUGGAACAUUAAAAAUUACCAGUUGAUUUCA